ACAGUUCUGGAAGAUAAGUGACCUGCCUGAGUCCACAAAGCUGGAAAACAACGGACCUGGGGUCUUACUCCAGACCUUUUCUUUCCAAGCCCCUCACUCUCUUCUCCCCACUCUGCUGACUACAUGGUGGAAAGAAGACAGAAGGGGAUGCGAACACUCGAGUCACUCUCAUCUGAUUUGGGGCAUCACUGAGCUGAAGACAGUGAGAAACCUGCUACUACUAUGUGCUACGGCAAAUGUGCACGAUGCAUUGGGCAGUCUCUGGUAGUGCUCGCGGUCCUCUGCAUUGUAGCUAAUAUUCUGCUUUACUUUCCCGAUGGGGAAACAAAGUACAGCUCUGAAAACCAUCUCAGCCGCUUCGUGUGGUUCUUUUCUGGUAUCGUAGGUGGGGGCUUGCUGAUGUUCCUGCCAGCAUUUGUCUUCAUUGGGCUGGAACAGGAUGACUGCUGUGGCUGCUGCGGCCACAAAAACUGCGGCGAGAGUUGCGCGAUGCUUUCUUCUGUACUGGCCGCUCUCAUCGGAAUUGCAGGAUCUGGCUACUGCGUCAUUGUGGCAGCCCUGGGCUUAGCAGAAGGACCAUUGUGUCUUGAUUCCCUUGGCCAGUGGAACUACACCUUUGCCAGCACCGAAGGACAGUACCUUCUGAAUACCUCCACAUGGUCCCAGUGCAUUGAACCCAAACACGUCGUGGAAUGGAAUGUAACUCUGUUUUCUAUCCUCUUGGCUCUUGGCGGAAUUGAAUUUAUCUUGUGUCUCAUUCAAGUAAUAAAUGGAAUGCUUGGAGGUAUAUGUGGCUUUUGCGGCUUUCGCAAACAGCGAUAUGACUGCUAAAAGAACCACCCCAAGACAGAACCACAAUUUUGCUCUAUUUCAUUGUAAUUUAUAUAUUUUACUUGUAUUAAUUUGUAAAACU